GUUUGGAAGUGCAUUGCGUCUUUAGAAGGAGUGGAAAAGCUAAUUUCCCACACACUCUCUCUCUCACUUUGAUUCUUCUUUUUUGUUCAUAUCUGUUUCUACAGUGUCGAUUAAGACCAUCUUUUCAGCAAAUAUAUAAAGGUUUUUAAUCAUGGAAUCCAACGAAUUCGAACAUCUCUAUCUUCUUUGAUCCCCUUCACAAAUUCCCUUUCUUUUUCAUCUUUUCUAAAUGCCCAAAGCUCUCAAACUUAUUUUCGCUUUCGUUUCUUUUUUCGGUUUUAAAGUUUCCGAGCUUCAACUUUUGCUUUGGAAGUUUGGGUUUUUUAAUGGAUUGUUCAUUGGAAGUUGCUAAAAUGGAGAUGGGUUUGGUUUUUCACGUUGUUUAAUUGUUUGUAGUAAGAGAAUUGCUUGUUCUUUGGUGAGAAAAGAAGUGUUUUUUUUUUUUUUAAUUUUCUUUUAGCAAGAUGGGGUUUUUGCUGGUUUGUUCAACAGGGCCACCGAUAAAACGAAGGGCAGGAUUGAGAAUAAAACAGGCGGGUCGAGGGUCGUAUCGUGGUAGCUAGAGGAAGGCUAAAUUUUGAGUUGUAGUGAGUAAUUGGUUUUUAGAGUGUAAUAGACAAUCUGUGUGUUUUUUAGUUGAAACCUGUUGAAGAAAAAUGGGGACUAGUGCUUUAAGGCAGUUGUUGAAGAGUUUUUGCGGCAAUUCACCUUGGAAAUAUGCUGUGCUUUGGAAGCUAUGGCACCGGAGCCCUAUGAGUUUGACCUGGGAAGAUGCGUAUUGUGUUUAUCCAAGACCAAGAGAAUCUGUGGAAAGUAUCUCAAGUGAUGUUUAUUCUAACAUUGAAAUCAUCCCAUCACACUUUGAAACGAGCAUCCAUGAUGGUUGUUUUGGAGGAUACCCAAUUGGCCUCGUGGUGGCUAAUAUGUCACAUCUUAAGUAUGCAUGGGGAGAAGGGGUUGUUGGCAAAGUGGCAUAUACAGGGAAGCACUGCUGGGUUUCCUAUGAUGACAUUUUCACUGGCAAAGCCAACUCGAAGUUGGUUCCUGAGUGUCCAGAGGAAUGGCUACUACAGUUUGCCUCAGGAAUCAAGACUAUUGUGCUGGUGCCUGUGCUUCCACAUGGAGUUUUACAAUUUGGAUCAUUGGAGAUGGUUCCUGAAGAUUUAUCCAUUCCUGCAUACAUCAAAGAUAGAUUUUCCUGCAAGGACAUUAGCGUUCAGUUACCAUCAUCCCUAACGUCAAGUCUUUUGGAGAAGUUGGAAGAGUCUUCAAGUGCAUCGAUUAGCCCGCUGAACUCGGAAGAUUCAAAAGCUGUUGAUGGUAUCAAGGCAUUAAGCAUUCAGAAUGCAUUUCAGGUGCCUGAAAUAGAUCUGCCAGAGGUUCUUGAAAGUGAGGGUGAAAAUAAGAUCAGUGUCCCACCAGUUAGCCUCAGUGAAGUAUCAUCACCGCUAAGCCAAUCUAUAAAUUCCUACCAGCUGGCAAUGGGGGAGAGUGAACUGUUUGGUUUGUCUUGUAUUAAGGAAGAAUUGCAGGCAAAUCCUGAAUGCAAUGGUUACACUGUGGGAGAGUGUGGAGAAAUCUUAGAUGGAGUUACAUAUCCUUACCCUGCCAGUGAUUUGCUGGAACCAUCCUUUGGAGACUAUAGUGUUUAUGAUGCUGGUUUCCUUAGCUUUCCCAAAGAUUGUGAAUUGCACAAGGCACUUGGACCAGCCUUUGAAAAACAGAGCAAUGAAUACUUUUGGGAGUCAUCUUUUUUGACUGAGGAUGUAUUUAGAGAUCUCUUUGAUGACAUUGAGCCCUCAUUCGCUAAAGGAGGUGAUGCAGAGUAUCUGUUACAAGCUGUGGUUGGCCACGUAUAUGAUGGUUCUGUUGACAUUGCUAAUAGAUCCAAUCAUUUCAUGACAUCAACAGGACAACUUCCUGUGUCUACUCGACCUCAAAGUGUGAUGGGUGAUUCAAUUCCAGUGAGCCGAGGUACUUCUGCACUUGUUGGUGAGGCAAAAAAUAAUUCUAGUUCUAAGACUUCAGUUUCUGUCAAGAGUACAGUGAGCACAUUAACUGAUGAUAAGAAUCUGGGAAAAGAUUGCUAUUACAUGCAAUCCAGAAAAGGACAAAAGCAAUCCAGUGUCACCAAAAGAAGGGUUAGACCUGGUGAUAACCCAAGGCCAAGACCAAGGGAUAGACAAAUGAUACAGGAUCGGCUUAAGGAGCUACGAGAACUUGUUCCAAAUGGUGAUAAGUAUAGCAUUGAUGCUCUCUUGGAUCACACUGUUAAACACAUGCGGUAUUUGAGUAGUGUGACCAACCAAGCUGAGAAAUUGAAGCAAUGGGCACAUCGGGAGGUGACUGUUCGCAAGAAUAUGAGAUCAUCUGAAAGCAAAGAUUGUUAUCAAAUUGGAGCAAGCUGGGCGUUUGAGAUUGGAGACAAACUAAAAGCAUGCCCCAUCGUUGUGGAAGAUCUUGCACACCCAGGCCACUUCCUCAUAGAGAUGCUAUGCAAUGAGCAUUGUCUGUUCCUGGAGAUUGCUCAGGUGAUCCGAAGUUUCAAUUUAACAAUCUUGAAGGGCGUGAUGGAGAGCUGUGCAAACAAUACGUGGGCUCAUUUCAUUGUUGAGGCUUCUAGGGGCUUUCACAGACUGGAUAUUUUCUGGCCUUUGAUGCAGCUUUUACAGCGUCAAAGAAAUCCCAUUUCAAGCAAGAUUUAGUGAUGAAUAAUUCACUCUCUGUUUUCCCACUUCGAGCAAACUUAAAAAGGCAUAUUUGUCCACACAACUUUGUACCACCAGGCAAAGGAAUGACAUACCUACUAAUUAUCUAAUGUAUCAGUACUAGUUUUUAUUGUUCGUGUACAAAUUAAUGCAGCUGGCACUGCAAUCUGCUGUUAAAGACAAACUAGCCCCUGAAAGAAUGAGUACAUGCUUUAA